AUCCACUUCCUAGCCAAGCAAUCGCGGUGCUAAAUGUGUGUUGGUAACAAUGCAAUCGCUGAAACUGCGGGAAACCACAGCGCAUGAGCAGAACAAAAAGGAUCCAUUAUACAGCACCUCGCAUGCUUCUACCACGUUUUCAGUUUACCUAUUUAUCACUAGUAUAAACGAGUUCAAAGUGCCAUAGCAGACGAGAAUAUAGCCGUACGAACCGACAACCAAUCAGGAAGCUGGUACAACACGGAGUACCAACCGAAAAAAAUAACAGUUUUGGCGCCAAUAUCAAGUUUAUCCUUCGGUUUUCCACGAUGUCUUCCGCCGUAAGACCACUCCUAAUGUGCGGACCGUCAGGCUCUGGAAAAAGCACGCUAGUGAAGCGAAUGCUCGAAGAAUUUCCCGACAAAUUCGGAUUUUCCGUCAGCCACACGACGAGAAAACCCAGACCGGGCGAACAAGAUGGCGUCCACUAUCACUUCACCGAUCCGGAUAGUAUGAGGAAGGCCAUAGACGAGGGCCUUUUUUUGGAAAAUGCAGUAUUCACCGGCAACAUGUACGGUACCAGUAAGGCGGCAGUCCAACACAUUAGUCAACAGGGCAAGGUGUGCAUCUUGGACAUAGACGUGCAAGGAGUGAAACAAAUCAAAAACACUGAUCUGCGCCCUUGGAGCGUGUUUGUCAAACCGCCUUCCAUGGAAGAACUGAGAAGAAGAUUGGUGAACAGGAAAACAGAAUCGGAAGAAAGCUUGCAACGGCGGUUAGACAAAGCAGAAGAAGAAAUCGAAUACGGCACGAUUCCGGCUAAUUUCGACGUCAUCAUCGUCAACGAUGACUUCGAUACGGCAUAUGAGGAACUGAGGAGGUUCGUAAUCGAAAAGGUUUUGGCAAAGAAGAACAGCAAUUUGUGAGUGUCCGUCCUGUAUUAUCUAAAACGUGUAUCAUUCCUU